GUUCUUUCUUCCCCCCUAUUACUGUGAAAAUGAACGUGCUUUUUUUAUUUUUUUUUAUUCUUCAAUAAGAGUUGUUUCUCCUCUUAUUAUUUCUCUUCUUCUUCUUCUAUCUUUGAUACCAUUUAGUGUGUUUGUUUGUUUUUAUCCUUACUUUUCGGGGGUGGACUCAUAUCUCCUAUCAUUGUAUUAACUAUAUAUAUAUAUAUAUAUUUAUUUAUUCUUUUUUUUUUUUUACUUUUUU